AGCUUGCUUAGUGUGUCAAAAUUUCAUUUGUUGAGUGAAUUUCACUGUAAAAGUAAAGGAAAAAAGGCCAUGGAAGACCGACGGUCGACACGGCUCAAUUCGUAUUCGAUAAUGAUGCCUCAACGGUCUGAAAACUAUCUAUUGCUCUGAGAUUCUUCAAAAUUCCCAAAUGUUUGUCUCAGCAUAUCCAGUGAUUCUACAGGAGGUUGAGCGGGUCAUUGCAGGGAGGAUUUGAAAUGAGAAAUGGUCCACUGUUUGCAUUUUACGCUGUUUCGGGGGUCAAGGUUGGCUAUAAAUGGUUUUUGACCUAUAAAAGAUAAAACUUUACUUGAUUCGGAUAGAGAAGAGCGACGGGGACUGGGACAACCACCGCUGGUCACCUACCUACCACCCACCAGUUCUCCGAAUUAUUCCAGGAAGGCCCGAUCUGCAAUUGUAUAUUAAGCUGUUAGGAAAAAAAUUGGGUUUGUUCAAGCCCUGCUUUCGCGAAAAAUGGUUUGAAACCAUGCAGAAUCUGCGCUGUGGACGCAGGCGUAGGCGUUGGUUGAUUGAAUGAGGGAGAUAACGUGAGUCAGAUGAAUGUGCUCGGUACCCAGUGGUCUUGCUCUCGUUCCCACUUUUUGCCCCCAUUCCCACUUUUCCCUUGAGAUCUUUCCCCCAAACACAACAUAUUGUGCCCCUGUUUCAUUACCGAUCUGCAGUGCAAAUUUAAGGUUAUCAUGAUGUCUGUCUCGGAUCUUCAUUCGAAAGAGUAUGAGAAUCGAUAUAGGGAUAUACCACAGUUUGAUUAUAACAAAUCUCUGUCCAGUAGUUGCCCAAAUAUUGUGAGAAAGGGCGAGAUUGGCGGUUCCGAUAGGGAUGCUCCCAGAUCUAUGAGGACUUUUCGUUCCCGGCUUGACCAGGGAGAAGGUGAGGCCAGGGCAGUGGAAAGCAGAGUCUUUAGCGGGCCCAUAGCCGUUGAAACACACAGGGCAAGUAGAGAAGGGAAGAAGAAGACGAGUAAUAGUGGGGGUUUUGCUUCACAAGGUUCAAGUGGCAGUGCCAUUCCCAUUCCCAGCCGCCUUUCAUCCUGUCUCAAUAGCAGCGGCGAUUUUAGCCUUGGGGCAUCUUCUUGUAGUCUUGCAGAAGAAGUUCACUCUUUAGAUUUUUCACUUGCUUUCAGUGAUUUGUCGUCCUGCAGUAGUGACAUUUCUGGAGAGUUACAAAGAUUGGCAUCAACGAAAACGACAGCUUCAACUUCUUCACCGCCUCCAGCUUUUCCUUCCCCCCCGAAGGAGAGUGUAACCCAGGCAAAGUGGGUGGGCAGAUUUGUGAAGUCAAGGGAGGUACAAGAUGAAGGGGAAUGUAGCAGCAGAAGCAGGCCGUCUACGGAAUUUGCAAAACUAUCAUCUUCUGGUGAAGUUGAAAAUUUGGAUGCUAAUUUUAAUUUUAGAGGUCUCAUUGAAGAUUUGGAGUCCACAUCCAUUAAACUUCAAAGGACUGCGGCGGCACGAUUGAGGCUAUUUGCCAAAAAUAGCAUGGAGAACAGGAUUAUAAUAGCUAAUUCAGGGGCUAUAAAGCCAUUGGUUUCAUUAUUAUUCUCUGUAGAUCCUAUAACUCAGGAAAACGCGGUGACUGCUCUGUUGAAUUUGUCACUUUAUGAGAACAACAAGUCUGAGAUAACCGCAGCAGGAGCUAUCAAGCCCCUCAUACACGUCCUAAAGUGCGGAACAUCAACUGCUAAAGAGAAUGCGGCUUGUACUCUUUUGAGCCUAUCACUGAUAGAGGAUAACAAGGCUACAAUAGGCACUGCAGGUGCAAUUCCGCCAUUGGUAGCUCUGCUCAUUAAUGGCUCCUUAAGAGGGAAGAAAGAUGCGGCUACAACUCUUUAUACACUUUCAUCAUUAAGGGAGAACAAGGAUAGAGCCAUCCGUGCUGGUGCAAUCAGACCGCUCGUGGAUCUUAUGGCAGAUCCUUCAACUGGUAUGGUGGAUAAAGCAGCAGUUGUGCUGGGUAACCUGGCAACUCUUCCUGAAGGUAAAAGUGUUAUUGUGGAGGAAGGAGGCAUACCUGUUUUGGUGGAAGUAGUGGAAGUUGGAUCUCAGAGAGGAAAGGAGUAUGCAACAUCAACACUUCUGCAACUCUGUGAAAAUAGUUACCUCAAUCGAACUCUCGUAUUACGUGAAGGCGCAAUACCUCCUUUGGUGGCCUUGUCACAAUCAGGCACUACACGAGCAAAACAAAAGAUAGCAGUUAAUGAGGUCAACCUUUACAGCUCCACAGUUGCUUCCGAGGAUGAACAUGUAAUUAAGAACCAUGACAUAAUCUAUAUGCAUGCAUUGGACUAGUACCCGGGAUCUUUGGCAUUAUGAUAACUGAACCAAUUGGUACUUAAUUUAUAAAAUGAUAAAAAGUUGUCUCCGAGUUUACAAAUGAUUAUAUUUUCAUAACAACCGCAGGAGGUAGGGAUUUUUCAACAGGAUCAGCAGUUGUGCGAUCAUGAAAAAUGAUUUAUACUAAGUGCUUGAGGGUGUAUAUACAAAUCAUGUCUGUAAAUAUAUAGUGAACGGAAUAUUAUCUAUCACAGACUUAAUUUUCAUGAAAAAUGAUUUAUACUAAGUGCUUGAAUGUGUUUAUACAAAUCAUGGCUGUAAAUAUAUAGUGAACAAAAUAUUAUCUAUCAUAGCUGGGUUCUCUCUUAAUUUUUAUAUUGAUUAUAACUUCUGUUUUUUAUUUUCCUAUUACACAAAGUGAUAGAGUCGUUUUAUGUAAUUUUUGUGUCUUCCCCUGGUUCAGAAAACUUGUUCUGUUCCAUGUUACAGUGACAGUGUUUGCUUAGUGUUGUUAUUUUCACUUAUAUUGUUCACUAUCUAUAGCUUGCAGGCGAUUAAAUGUGUGAAUGCAUGCUCCUGUUAAUCUGUAUACGAGAUUUAGGUGCUUAUCAUAUUGUUCUCUCAUAGUAUUUCUUGGAAACUAAGUUGCUGGUUAAGGAUCGGGUUCGAUAGUUUCCAAUUUUUUUACCUGAGUUCAUUAUGGCUUAGGUACAGCCAUACAGAAUAUAUAUAAACAAUAAAGAAUAUAAAAAAUGGUGAGAAUUUUGCACAAACUAUACAAAAUUAAACACAGAACACAACUAAGAAUUGAUAAUUCAAUGGCAAACGUUAAAAGAUAAAUCCAAACAGUUUAUGUAUAUUCAAUAUAAAGUAAUAGUCAAUUGUCAAGCGUGCAGUUGCAGAUGGAAGCUCAAUACUAAUCAUCAUAGUACUCUUCAUUGAGAGCAUCAAAAUCGUUGAUUUGUUAACUAGAACCACAAUUACCAUGAGUGCCAUAAACACAAGCUGCGCUAUGCAUGUCCUCUCUAGCUGUCUCAUGGCCUUCAUUAAUCGAUCAAGACAAAAGAUGUGCAACAAAACGCCCAAUUCGGGAUGCUUUGGUGCUGCAUCUCAGUGCCUUGUUGCCCCUAAUUGUACUUAGCUUACUUGUAUGAGAUGAUGUGUAGGUUGGAAUGCACACACACCAACUCUUCUACCUUUUUUCUUGCCAACUGGUUGUGUUUAACUGGGUGGAUAAAGGAUUCUGCAAGCUAGGAGUCAAGACAAAAUUGAGACUCAACCAAUUGAGAGUCAAGACAAAAUUACAUUUUUUUUUAAAAUUUUCAAAUAAUAAAAUAAAAAAUAAUCAUAAUUAAGUCUGCUGAAGAAAAGUAAGGAAUUAAAAAAACUAAAAAUACCUACUUGUGAUAGAAUUUUGAUAGCAAGAGGCCGUAUCUAAAUCGAUCAUUUUCUUUAGAGGUACAACCAUGUAUGAGCAUCUUUCUUAUACUUGUAUGAAAGAGUGCUAAGGCUGUGACUCGUUGAAGCUAUUAACUUCACAAAAUUGACUAUAACUAUGUCCUCUAUGUCUUGAUCAAGAGAGCCGAAAGAGUCUAUUGAAUGCUUCUUUAUAUCUGUUUGGCCAAAGAAAGCAUGUGUUAUAAUACUCAGGGGUCAAAGCAAAAGCAAGAAGAUGUGGGAUAGUCUUUUAGUUCCACUAUUCAAUGCUAGCUUGAAAAAUGUUUUAGAGGGUCUUGCUCCUUAACUACUAUUAUGAUGCUGCGCCAUAAUGGCUCAAAUAAACAAUCAGCAAUGGGUGUGCAGAGUCACAAUAAAAGCAAGGGCAGAAAAUACUGAAAAUCCAGGACAAUAAUGGAAGCUUUAUUAAAUCUCAGAAAUUUACGAUCUUAUGGACUCUUAUUCAUGAAUGGAAUACAACAACAGAUUAACCCAGCCAAAGAAACAUUUGAUCCUAAUCAUAGAUUGUCUGUGUAUAAAUUUACUUUGAACUACCAACUCUCAAAGAUACCAAUUUCCUACCAAAUUGCCAAGCCCUUCUUUUGAAAACGAUGCUAAUAAAUAUUGAUCAUGAUGAUGCUUGACAUGCAACAACGAACUGAAUAGAAAAGAGGAAAUCUGCUAAGUGUCUGUGAGCUAAAGAAAGUUGAUGUUACAAGAAGACAUAACUCCAAGGAUGUUCUUUCAGUUACUAAGUGAUCGACCACUUGAAUAAAAUUUGUGUGGGAACAUUUGAUCGACCCCAAAGGAUCAACUGCUAUAUGUAUGAGUUGUUACCAAAUUUUCCUAGUACGGGUUGUUUGCCACGGUGAAGGGAAUUUUAGAAAUUCACAUAUGGCUUAUUUUCUGUACUCCUUAUUCCAUCUUGGUAUGAAGGUUGUACGCUAGGUAUGUUUCCAAGUAAGAAAAUCCUUGUUCUGGGCUUUUCUUGAAUUGGAUGAGGUGAAUGAGCGUGAACCAUGUCUAGAACCCGCAAUGCUCACUCUAUCUACCUCUAUUUCUAUUGACAUGUUAGGAUUAAUGGUUAUUGCUAUGGUGCUUCUGCCCUUGUCCUCUCUAGUUUUUUUCUUAGCCAAUAAUACAAGUGUUGUUUGCAUCUCUUGUUUUGCCUCUUUUGUUGUUUUUUUACAUGGUUUGGCAUUGUGGCAAGGAAUGGAUGCAAUCUAGUACUUGAAGUUGUUGAUGCCUGCAUUAAGCUUUUUUGAGUAGUAGAGGCAAAUCACAGUCCCCAAAAUCAGUUCCAUUACUCUAUAUUUGCAAGUGGGGUCAUGGCUUAUGGUGGGACGACUUCCACCAGCUAAUGCGAGUUUUAUGCGGAGCUGGGUGCUACCGUAUCCAACCUGUAACAUACUUAAAUACAAAAAAAAUAACAAAUUGAUUAUAAAGAUAAAAUAAAAUUUAUAUAUUAGAUGCAUUUCAAACGUAAUAUGAUAAAUCAAUAGCAACACUGUAAAUUAAUUAUACCAAAAUAAUAUUUUUUUUGAGUCUAAAGUGCAAAACCCUUCGUGAAAAAACCAGUGAUUUAAUUGUAGAAAACUAGCAUAAAUCAGCAAUAAAACCUAUACGAAUCAAAUUCAUUGCAUGUAAAAUUGUAAAUAAUGUGCACAAAUCUAUUAUCAACAUGCUAGAACUAAUUUACAUGCUUGGAAAAAAAUGACUAGCCUAAAAACCUAAAAUUCCUCAAAUUUGCUCUUUAAAUCUGCUCCAAUUCACUCAAAGAUGCUCAAAUGUGUGGUUGUGGGGGUUUAUAAAGAGGAAAAUGAUUUUUUUUUAAGUAUUUAUCUUCCAUCCAAGUUGCGAUUCUGUUGUGAAUUUUUCAGCUGUGAGUCUUAUCUGACUCACCUGUACUCAUGUGAGACACCAAAACUUGCCAGAUUCUCAACUUGCCAGCCCCUUGAGUUAACAUGAUGAAAAUUUGCUUGGAAACUUUUUUCACAAGUUGCUUGCCGAGUUCUCUACAAGUUUGUAAACUAUGAUAUUUGGAUUGUAUAAACUUAAGUACCAACGUCUAACCUGUGCCAGUAUUGCUUGGCAUCGAAAAAUCACAAAAUUUUCAAAGAUUGUCCUAAGUUACUUGGCAGCUGUAGUUGAUGCAUUGAUUCUGUAACCUGUGUUGAUGACAGCCUUGGCCACAGGAUUGCAAGUACCGAGUGUCCAAUAGCUACUAUCCAUAACCACUGCUGCUGCGCUGCAUCCAUAUCAGCCUUCUUUGAGAUACAAAUAUGGAUCACGCAAAUACCUGGCCAAGUAGAACUAUUUAAUACAGUUUGCAGCUAUGUUCAUAUAUACAGAUUUGUUGCAAGAGAUUAAUUGAAGCAAGUAGGGUUGUGAGGACUGUAUGUUACACCCAUAGUCAAGUAGGGUUAUGGGGACUGUAUGUUACACCCAUUUUACAAUAGCAUGAGUCAUUUCUUAUACAUACCUUUGAAAGCUAUUGCAAUCAUAACUUUUUCCGUCAUUAUGAACUAUGAAGUUAUUGUUCUAUGUUCUGUUUUCUUUUUGGCUUCUCACACGAGUGCAAAUCUAGAUCACUGUGUGGCCCAGCCAACAGAAGCCAAACCAACUUCUGGGGUCAGUUAACUAUCUCAAUGUUUACACUCAUAUUUCCAUUAUGCAUUUUGAUCAACCAUUGCUUCAAGUGCUAGCUAUGGGUGUUAAAUGUUGUCAUGCUUGUAGAUACUUAAAAGGAAUGCUAGUCAUUGUUGUGCUAUCUUUCUAUGAGAUCUAUUGUAAUCAGCAACAAUUCAGUUGGUUCCAAUUUUGGUUGAAUAAUUGCACUGAUCCAUAUUUAUUGCUUGCUUUCACAAAGGAUUUAUGAUGAGCCAUGUCUUGAUGUCAAUUUUGUUGAGAAGUAUUAGCUCAGAGUGGGCAUAUGAAUGAGUUGUUCUGAAUCAACUAUAAAUCCAAGCCUUGAUGAUCUGCUCCUUCUGGUGGGAAAGUUAGACUGCUGCCCAUCAAGAUCUUCUUAUUGAUGGAGUCACACACUUUAGCAUCCUGGUUCUCUAUUGGUCCUUGCCUAAGUGCAAUCUAUUUUUGUCAAUUAUGCUUGUUUCUGUUAGUCUCAAAACUGGACAAUCAUUAUCAUGAAUUAGAAUGGAGGUCCCUAGCUGCAUUAGACUCUUAAAACUUUUUGUUGUGGAAGUCUGACUUGAAGCUGCACCCUAAUAGCAGAAACCAAUUAUCUUUGUGGGCAUAUGCAAUGGAGGGGUCUAGUUUAGGGUCUAGUUUAAGGAGUAUUUUGGAAUACAAGGACACAUUCUUUUGUCUAGUUGCAUUCGUAAUGCCAUUUCCUCUCAGCUACAGCUACCCAUUGAUCCCUUAGCUAACGAGAUGAGUGGGACAGAUUGCAAUAUGCUUGAGAUCUAUCUUCAAAUGGGUGAAUUGUUCCUCAUUUGCACUUGCAAAUGAAAAGCCCCCUAAGGAAUGUAUGGUUGAAUGUAACAAGGAAUUGAAGAGCUCCAAUCCUUAGCCAUUUAAACACUGGUGAAGAAUAAGAGCUGCCUUUGCAGUUGUUCUGCAAGGAAACUGGCAUAUGGUUCAUAUUAUGACUCUGUUGAAGUGAGCAUCAUCUUCAGAUGCCCAAAUGUAAUAUCCUCAGGGCAAGGAGCUCAACAAUUGUAAAAACAACUGUAAUCUAUUGGUUCUUGAUUUGUCGCACUAGGCAUUGUUUCAGAAAGUUGAUAUCAGAGCUCUGUAGCCUUGGCAUCUUUCAUCUCUGCCACAACUGCAAAUUACAUUUACCAUGUUGUGCCCCACCUAGUUCACAAACUUGGACUCGGAGAUUACUUGGCAAGCUCAAAAUUUUCAACUUGGCAAAUACUUGACAAAAACCCGGCAAAAACUCAGCAUGAACUCGACAACUUAGACGGUACUAAAAGUUAAAAUCUCUUAAAGAAACAUAUUUUUUCGUAAAAUUCAAUUAAAAAAUUUAUUAAAUUAAAAAUUGACAUCUCAAAAGAGAAAAUGCAUGGUUUUAUAGUGAACGCAACAUGUGAAAAAUGCAUUUUACCCAAUGUUUUACCUGUGUUGACUUUUUAACUUUUUUCUGGGUCUAUAAAACGCGAGAGUUAAACUUGUGAAAAAUCGCACAGGUUAAACAUGCACAUUAGGUUGGAUUAGAUUGGCUUGCCUUGGAAGAUCAAUGAAUGAUAUAGCUGGCAGUGGUAUGUUUCUAAUCAAUUCUGCCCACUGCUUUUGCACUUGCCAAGCAAUUGGACUUCUUUCAUGAAUCACACUUGGCUCAAUUCUUCCAUGCUUUUUGUAAUGUGCCUUUGUGCCAUUGCACCUCAGCAAAGAUUUGUGUGAGGUGAUUGUGAAUUCUGAGAUUAAUAAGCAUGUUCUUUUGAAUUAUACACUAAUAAGAGUUUAUUUACAAAACAUAGGGCAUAUCCUAAAAUUUUAGCUCAUAUUCCAUGACAGUUUGUCUUAUUUUGGGACCAGCCAUUUUUUUUUAACAUAAACUGCCUUAGGUGAAUAAAAAUAGUUUAUUUAAUCGUACACAAUUCUUUAUGGCUAACAUUUUUAUAACAUAUUAUGUCGAAUUUAUCUCAAUGCAUUGUAUUUGACAUGAAAUCACAAAAUUAGUUUUUCCUGCUAUUUUUACAAUUAGUACUUUGCUUUUUUCGCUUCUGAACUUUUGCUACAUUUUUUGCUUACAAAAUUCUAGUAAUUGAAUUUCAUUUACACUUUUUUCAUGUUGUGUCAAUGAAUGCUACUAUGCUUCAAAAUAGAGAUCAUUUUAGCUUCCUUCAGUUGGUGUUUGACUUUUGGAGUUGUGACACCAGUUUAAAAGCUGUAAUUGUUUACAAAUGGAUUAUUUGUAACAUCUAUGAGCAGCAGUAGGAACACAACAUUUGCUCUGUAAAAGUUUCUCUUCUUAUAAAGACAAUUUUAGUAUUAAAUGUUAUAAAAAAGAACUAUAUACUUAAAAAACUCAAAAUGUUUUAGCAUCGUGAAUUUAAAGAACUUUGAAGUUUGAACUUUCAAUAACUUUCUUUGCAGAAUUCAAAUGUAGGACUGUACCACUUGUGUAUUUUAACAGGGCCAUGUCCACUUUAAAUAAUUGCCAUGACAUAGUCACACAUUAAUGGUGACAUAUAUGAAUGAUAUCACUAAUACACUUCAGAUCAUAAUAUAUGAAUUAAUGUCUACCAUCACAAUAAUAUUUGAAUGUCUUUACUGAACAAGCAUAUCUGUUGUUAUCA